AUGCUCUUCCAGACAGACCGCCUUAUCCUGCGCGCAUACACCCCCGACGAUGUAGACCGCCUAUACGAGAUCUGGAGCGAUCCAGAAGUCUGCGAGUUGUGCUUCAGCACCGUCGCGGGACCGAUGACGCGAGAUUUUGUCGUGGCUACCGUACUGGCGUGGCUCGACGCACCAUCGUUCUUCGCUAUCAUCGAACACAAGAAGACGGGCGAGUGCAUUGGACAAGUCGGUCUGCUGCGGCGAGACAUCGGAAGUGACCAAGCAUCGUUGGGGAUGACGCUUGCGCCGGAGUACUCGGGGAGGGGAUAUGGGACCGAGGUCCUGCGCUGGCUCGUGGGAUUCGGCUUUCGAGAACUGCAGUUGUAUAGGAUAUACCUGCAUGUUUUCGAGGGGAAUGCGAAGGCUAUUGGCUUGUAUAGGAAGAUUGGCUUCAUUCACGAGCGAACGUCCACGGAACGCAGAUUCGUGCAGAAGCGAUGGCAGGCCAUCGAUCUCAUGAGCAUUCUAGAGAAUGAGUGGGAUCACGGAAGGAAUUGUAGACUGGAGUUCUGA